CUCUGCAGACCGGCUGAGACACGAAGUCGUCUUCUGCUGAGGAAAAUCAUGUCUUAAAGACGCUUCCAGACGUCGGCACAACUUCUGACAAGACACAGAGAUCCGAGAGGCUCACAGGAAGGCAGAAAAGGCAGGAAAACAGCAGAAUUAUCCAAGAACUGUCCCGUCGGUUGUGAUCAGCAUGGCGGAACGUAGCGAGGGUUCGGAGCCGCCGACCUCCUCGGAGAACACGGCCGCCGACAUUUCCCCGCUCAGCGACUCCGCGACCUCUGGGGAGGAGUUCGUCAUGUGUCCCCGGCCUGAAGGUCAAGGGGCAACCACCAACCCCGAGACGGAGGCAGCGGCUGAGGAAGGGUACAAGAGGACGGGCAGGAGAAGACAGAUGAGUUUGCCGGCGGCGAUCUCAUUCCGACGUUCGAUGGACAGUAUCCAAUUCCCCGACAUCACCAUAUUUAGAAACUGGCCUGUUGGUAGUAGUAAAAGAAGGUGAAAUUAUAGAAUUGGGAU